AUGCUCCCUGUCCUCCUGCUAGCUGGGUUGAUUCUGGCUCUGUCCAUCCCUGGCACCGCGUCCGAGUCCGCCACGCUGCGGUUCCUGGGACAGACGGACUUUGUCGUCAAUGAGAGCAGCACAGCUGUGGUCCGGCUGGUUGUGGAGAGAGUCGGAGACCCGGUCAAUGUGACGGCUUUGGUUUUGCUAGAGGGAGUGGACACAGGGGACUUUGAGGCCGUCAAUGCUGCAGCCUUUCUGCUGUCCACUGAGUCCAGUAAGACCAUCUUCAUCGCUGUGAAAGAUGACGACCUGCCUGAAGCCGAUGAGACGUUUACCUUCAACCUUAAAGUACAGAGUUCGUCCAAUGGCGUGACACUGGGGACGCCAAACAAGGCGACCAUCACCAUCCUGUCCAAUGACAAUGCCUUCGGAAUAAUUGCCUUCAAUUCAACUGAGGAGAUCGUAGUUGAUGAACCAAGAAGAAGGAACCAUUAUGUGCCUUUCACGCUAAUUAGAGAGAAGGGAACAUAUGGGUCCGUGACCGUGAACUAUGAGAUCUCUGAAGGGCCCAACCCGGCCAUCGAGGAUCUCAGUCCAGACAGAGGCACCAUCACCAUCCCUGUAGGACAAGCUGUAGUGAACUUCAGUAUCCUCAUCCAGGAUGACCAGAUCCCAGAGGAUGAUGAGGUAUUUUCUGUCAGACUCACGGGUGUGGCAGGUGGAGCCCUCCUCCGGCCCAAUGCCAGCAGUGUCCAGCUGAGAAUCCGGCGUAAUGACAGCCCCCUGCGGUUCUCCCACUCCAUCAUGGCAGUGCCCGAGUCCGCUGGAGUCAUCUCCAUCAAUGUGACCCGGGGUCGACUGACUGAAGACGGGCCACUUGUCGGCUCUGUCGACUCUGAGGUCUCUGUUGAUUACAUGGUGGUGAGCGGUGAAGGACUGGGCAGCGCCACGCCAGCUGUGGAUUUCUUGGACCUGCAGCCGGUCAGCAGGGUCACGUUCCCUCCGUUUGUUUACCAGACGAGCCUUCUGUUUAACAUCAGUGACGACGCAGUGCCAGAGAUCGCAGAAUCCUUCCACCUGGUCCUGCUGGAGGAGACCCUCAGAGGAGAUGCAGUGCUCAUAUCACCUAAUGCCGUGCUGGUCACCAUCGAACCCAAUGAUAAGCCUCACGGCGUCCUGUCAAUCAGCAGCAGCGCAGUCAUUCAGCCAAUCAGCAUCAACGAAGAUCUGACACAGAGAUUUGAUGGCAUCACCAUCGUAAGGAACGGAGGCAGCUACGGUGCCGUGUCUGCCAACUGGUCCAUCAGCAGAAACUCCAGCGAUGGUUCCCCGGUGUCAGAUGACUUGGCGCCCGCCGCGGGGACGGUGAAGUUUGCCGCCGGUCAGGUGGCCGCUGUGAUUCCGAUAAACAUUGUGGGAGACGAUGAACCUGAGGAGGCAGAGGCCUUCACUCUCAGACUGCUGCCGAAUACUGUCACUGGAAACGCAGAGAUCGACGAACCCAUGGAGAUGGUCUUCUACAUCCAAGACAGCGACGAUGUCUACGGGCUUUUCCGGUUCGACCCUUCAAAAGAGCAAAGCAUCCAGAGCCAACCCACGGGCCGUUUCCUCUCAUUGAGUUUCAUCCGAGAAGGCGGCACCCUGGGUGACGUGUCGAUGACCCUCACAGCCCUCUACAUUCCUGCAGGUCCAAUAGACCCAUCAUUGGCCCGUGACCAGAUACUGAACGUCAGCAGAUCUGUUAAUGUGGUGUUUGGGCGCGAGCGGGUGGUGAACGUCACACUGCCGAUCAGGAAUGAUGCCUUCCUGCAGAACGGAGCUAAUUUUUUAAUACAGUUAAAUACACUGGAACUCGUCGAUAUCAACCCCAAGAUCCCUUCAAACAGCCCGAGGUUCGGGGGACCUCUAAACCUGACCUUAAAUGUCACUCCUGACAUUGCUAACGGGGAAAUCGGCUUUACCAGUAACACCACAGUGGUGGUUUAUGAACCAGAGGAUAGCAACACCAGCACAGUGAGCCUCCCUCUGCGACGUGACGGCACAGACGGGCAGGCUGUCGUGUUCUGGAGUCUCCAGCCAAUCGGAGCCAAUCGCCAAGAUGUUACCACUGAAGACCUGGAGCCUCUGAGCGGCUCUGUCGUCUUCCUCUCUGGGCAGAGCGAUGCCUCCAUCAACCUCACCAUCAUGGCUGACAAUAUCCCAGAAGUGAACGAGACCUUACUCCUAACUCUGGAUAGGAGUAAUGUUGAGAAUCAGAUCCUGAAAGCUGGCUUCACCAGCAGAGAGAUUGUCAUUAUGGAGAACGACGACCCUGGAGGAGUCUUUGAGUUCUCCCCGUUCUCCAGAGGUCCAUGGGUGAUUAAUGAGGGUGAGGCUGUGGAGCUGCAUGUGGUCCGAGCCCAGGGACAGCUUCUGAAACAGCUGGUGCGAUAUGCUGUCAUGCCUUCAGGCAACACUGAAUUCUACGGUGCCACGGGCAUCCUGGAGUUUAAACCAGGCGAGAGAGAGGUGGUGGUGGCACUAGUGGCAAGGCCUGAUGGCGUGCCGGAGCUGGAUGAGACUUUUUCCGUGGUUCUCAGUAGCCACAGCACUCCACCCAGUCGUCUAGGCAACCACAGGGAGGUCAACAUCACAGUGCGGAAGAACGACGACCCCUUUGGGGUCAUUGAGUUCAUCCAAUCAGGACUGACAGUGGCCAUCAAUGAGAGCAAGGAGAACGAGACGCACAGGGCUGUAUACCCUGUAGUGAGGAGCAGGGGUCAUUUCGGAGAGGUGUCAGUGGCGUGGGUCCUGGAGCCGGUCCUGUCCGGAGACGUCAGCCCCCUCCAGGGAUACAUCACCUUCGAGGAGGGAGAGUACCUGAAAAAUCUUACUCUCUUCUCUGUCCCCGAUGAGAUCCCAGAGGAGAUGGAGAAUUUCACCAUCUCACUGUUAAAUGCCACAGGUGGUGCAAGACUUGGAAACCUACUCAAUGCCACUUUACAGAUUAAUAAGAAUGAUGACCCCAUUUACUUUUCUGAACCUGUUGUCGUGCGGCUCCAGGAAGGAGAGGUCGCCAACUUCACCGUUCUGAGGGCAGGGCGGGCCGACUUUGUUGCCACGAUGAUGUACCGAGUGGAGUACGGCGACGCGUCACCGGGUGACCUCACCCUGCUGAGUAACGACACGUUGCUGGUGUUUGACGUGGGUGAAUGGAUGAAGAACAUCUCUGUGGCCGUGGAGGACGACAACACACCAGAGACCGAUGAGCCCUUCUACAUUGUUCUCUACAACGCCACUGGUGAUGCAGUCGUGUAUGGAGCUCACACAGCGACUGUGGUGAUCGAGGCCAACGAUGAUGCCAACGGGAUUUUCUCCCUGGAACCCACAGAGAAACCAGUGAAAGAGGGCAAGACCAAUAAUUUCAAUGUCCUGCGUGCAAGGGGCCAUUUUGGUAAUGUUACAGUCUUCUGGCAGCUGUUUGCCAAUGACUCAGUGACUCCUCUGGAGGAAAACCAGGAGUUUACCAACACAUCUGGCUACAUCACCUUCACUACAGGGGAAGAGAGUAAGCCCAUUAUCCUGGAAGCCAUCUCAGAUAAGCUUCCGGAGUUCAAUGAGUUCUACAUCCUCAGUCUGGUUAAUAUCUCAGGUGGUUACCCAGGGGAAGGGGGACGACUGGCCGAGACUUCUCUGAACGCCUCUGUUUUCAUCCCCUUUAAUGACGACCCGUUUGGCGUCUUUGCCAUCGCUGACAGCAACCUGGACCAAGAAGUAGCCGAAGAUGUACUCUCAGAAGAUGAUAUGGCUGAUGUCACUUCCUUCACCAUCCUACGGCAGCAGGGUACUUUUGGUGAUGUGCGUGUUGCCUGGGAGAUUGUUUCUGGCCGCUUCCCAGAGGGCCUUCCUUUGAUGGAUGACCUGCUCCUUCUAGCUUCCUUCCCAGAUGAGGUCGAGCUCAGGCCUCACGCCAGGAGACACCACUCAGCCACAGACACGUGGUUUUUCUCUGGGCUCCCCGGUGCUUAUGGGACCAUCUCGCCCGAAGAUGGGCCUGCUGCUGUCAGCAAUUUCACCUUCUCUGCCUGGCUUGUGCCCAGACCAGACACGGAUGGCUUCAUAGUCUCCAAAGGAACCAGGAAUGGGACCUUGUAUUAUGGAGUGAAGGUCCACACUAAUGAGUCUCAUGUCAUAGUGAUGCUGUACUAUACAGUAAUAGGAUCAAACAUUACUCAGAUGGCCCGGGCCAGUGCUGAGAAGUUCGUAGAGGAUAACACGUGGUUACAUGUCAUCAUUACUGUUGAUGAUGGGAUUAUUCAGUUCUUCUUGGAUGGGAACCCUAUUCCUGGUGGUCUGAAGAGCAUCAAAGGGGAGGGCAUCAGUGAUGGACCUGCAACACUGUUCAUUGGCUCAGAUCCUGAGGGUGAACAGCGCUACACAGGCCUUCUCCAGGAUGUUCGCUUAUAUCACAUCAAGCUGAACCGCAGCCACAUCCACGAGCUUCACACCCAGCCCGCCAAGACAGACCUGCGGAGCAUCUCAGGUUACCUGCGCUACCGUCAGGACGAGAGGCAGAAGUCGUUUGUGGUGGAGACCAGGGACGAUGAUGAAGAAGAGGGUGAGGAGGUGUUCUACCUGCAGCUGGUGGCGGUGCGCGGAGGAGCCCGUCUCCCCCUCCUCAGACCCACAGCCAUUUUGCGAGUCAUGAAGAGUGACAAUGCCAAUGGGCUUUUUGGAUUCACUGGUGCCUGCAUACCUGAUACGGCUGAAGAAGGCUCCACUGUCUCUUGUGUGAUCGAGCGUAUGCGGGGAUCCCUGGACCACGUUUACGUCAACUACACUGUAACCCAACUGGACAGGUUGAACAAUGACACGGCAGCACAUCAGGAUUUUGUCAAUGCCACCGGAGCUGUGCUUUUUCUGCCUGGACAGCGUUCUGAGGUACUAAACCUGUUGGUGUUGGAUGAUAACAUCCCAGAGCUGGCAGAGUCCUUCCAGAUCACACUGGAGUCCACAGAGACUGGCGAUGGGAAGCCAGGUUCCACUCCUACCAGUGGUGCAAGCAUCGACCCAAAUAACUCCGUCAACACCGUCACUGUCAUAGCCAGUGAUCAUCCUUAUGGCCUGCUGCAGUUCCAGCCAAGUCCUCCAGGGGAGGGGUUGAUCUCUCCAGCGUUGGAACCUGCCCACAUCACCAUUAACGAGGAAGAUGGACAAAUCCGUCUGCCAGUGGCCAGGGCCCAAGGACUCCUGGGAAGAGUCAUAGUAGGAUAUAGGACAACCCCUUUCACAGCAUCCAGCCCUGAAGACUACGAGGACUCGGAUGGUGUGCUGGAGUUUCUUCCGGGGGAGAGGUUGAAGUUCAUCACCGUGACCAUCAUUGACAAUCCCGUCCCUGAGCUGGACAAGAUCUUUAGGGUGGAGCUCUACAAUGCCGACGCAGGAGUGGAUCAGUUUCUGCAUAGUGAGGGAAGUGGAAGUGGGGAGAGUGACUCUGACUUCCUCCUUCCAUCCUAUCACCAUCAUGGUAACUUGGGAGUUGCAUCCCACAUCACAGUGACCAUCGCUGCCUCAGACGAUGCCCAUGGAGUUUUUCAGUUUAGUCCUGACUCGCUCUUUGUCAAUGGGACAGAACCUGAGGAUGGAAGCAGCUCUGUCAUCCUGCAGGUGGAUCGGUCCUUUGGAGACCUCUCCAAUGUGACUGUGUAUUGGGAAGCUGACCCCAGCUCUGAGGGCGAGCUCCUUAGCAGGUUCGGGAACAUCACCUUUGGUGUCGGUCAGACGUCAGAGAACAUUAUCAUAGAAGUGGCUCAGGAUGAGAUCCCGGAGCUGGACAAGAGUUUCACUGUUUCUUUGGUCAACGUCUCACACGGUCGCCUGGGAGCCCAGACAUCUGCAACUCUGACUGUGCUCGCCAGUGACGAUCCUUACGGCGUUUUUGUAUUCGCUAACUUAACAAAGUCUGUCCGACUCCCUGAAUCUGACUCAACUGUUUCCCUCACCAUCCUGAGACUCAGAGGCCUGAUGGGUCAGGUGCGAGUCACAUAUCGGACCCUAAACGAGGCAGAUCCGGACCCUUACAGGAUUCCAGGGGUGGGCCGAGCCACUGAGGGGCGGGAUUUUGUUCCCCUCGAUGAUUCGGUUGUUUUCUCGGCCAAUCAGAGUGAAGCGAAUAUCACUCUGAGAGUUUUGGAUGAUGAGGAUCCAGAACGAGACGAGGUCGUGUUCGUGAAGCUGAUCAGUGUUCAGCUUAUCGAAGGAGAGCAGGAGAGGCUCAUUUCCAACUCCCCGGCUCUUGGCUCCAAAACUGACACCGUAGCCCAGGUGGUGGUGGGGGCCAGCGACGAUGCUUUCGGCGUCCUGCAGCUGUCGGCCUCUGCUGUCAGUGUGGCUGAGAACUACGUGGGGCCCAUAAUAAACGUCACGCGGGUCGGUGGGAUUUUUGCUGACGUGUCUGUUAAGUUCAGAGCUGUGCCUUUGACCGCCAGAGUCAGUGAAGACUACAGCGUAGCCUCCAGUGACGUGGUCCUCUUAGAGGGGGAGUCCAGUAAAUCUGUGCCCGUCUACGUCAUUAAUGACUUGGUUCCCGAGCUGGAGGAGACUUUUCUCAUCGAGCUGAUCAACCAGACGACUGGAGGGGCUCUGCUGGGGGAACUCACACGUGCCAUCAUCACCAUUCUGCCUUCUGAUGACCCUUUUGGUGCCUUCGUCUUCCAGGCCAUUCCAAUUACCGUGGAGGAACCAGGAUCUAACUCCAUCGAGGUCACGUUGCCAAUAGUGCGUAACGCUGGAACUAUCGGCACAGUGGUGGUGCAAUGGCAGGCGACUGUCAAUGGUAAACUAGCAGUGGGAGACAUUAGGCCGACAUCAGGAGAAGUGAGAUUUGCUCCUGGAGAAACAAUGAAGACGCUCCAGGUGGAGAUUCUGCCUGACGACAUUCCUGAAAUCACAGAGAUAAUUAAGGUGGAGCUUACUGGUGCCAGUAAUGGAGGAAACCUUGGAACUGAUACAUCUGUUGAUAUAAUUGUGCCUGCCAAUGACAACCCAUAUGGGACAGUCUACUUUGCACAGUCUGUUUACCGCAUUCAGGAGCCACUGGAGGGAGUUUACAGAGCCAAUAUUUCUGUUCACAGAAGAGGUGGGGACUUUGGUCGCUUGGAAAUCGUGUACAGCACCUCUGAGAUUGACAUCGUUGGCUUGGCUCAGGCUGACGGCCGGAACCUGCUGACGUACUAUGACCUCCCGAAAGCAGCCGUUCCAUCAACGAGCCCCAUUGGGACGUUUAACCUCACCGGUCAAAGUGAUCCCCUGUCUGUGUGUACCGCUGCGUGUCUGAGGGAGCGUGCCUGCCAGGCCUUCUCUCUGACCACAGGGGCGGCCCGACCAUCCUGCACGUGGGUGACUUCAGUGGCCGACGAGCUCACCUCCAGAGCAAAUGUUAUGACAUACUUCAAAAACGUCACUGCAGCUGCUGUGCUGUUCAGUGCCCAGGCUGUGGCAGGGGGCGAUUACACCCCUGUGACAGCUCAGCGCGCCUUCAUGGAGGAUGGGUCACAGGUCGCCAGCCUCACAGUCCAAAUCUUAACGGAUAAAUUCCCUGAGAUGGAUGAGAGCUUCUCCAUACAGAUCUUAAAGGUAGAGCUGCUGAAUCUGAGUGUGGCGCAGAAGAACCUGCCCUCGAUCGGCCAGCCAGACAAGGCCUUGGUGACCAUAGCGAUGAACGGAGAUGCAUUCGGUGUAUUUUUGAUAUACAGCCUCAGUCCUAAUGCCACUGAUGAGGGGCUCUACCUGGAGGUCCGGGAAGAGCCCGGGGUCGUGGUGCCCCUGGUUAUAGAGAGAAGAGGAGGGAAUCUGGGCACUGUCUCAGUGGAGUGGAGGUUUGUUGGAGGAAAGGCCACACCAGACGCUGACUUCACUGGGACGGGAGGAACUCUGGUAUUUGAUGGUGACCUGAAGAAGACCAUAGAGAUAGUAAUCAGAGAUGAUAUCGAGCCGGAGGACAACGAGAGCCUCAUGAUUGGUCUAGUUAACCCGGAGGGAGGAAGUCGAAUCCUGCCCAGCUCUGAUACUGUAACCAUAGUGAUACUGGCUAACGACAACGUGGCUGGGGUUGUCGGAUUCCAUCCAGCCUCACGUUCUGUCAUCGCCAGAGAGGGAGAGAGGCUGUCCUUACUGGUGUUGAGAACAGCUCCAGCUCUGGGUAACGUCACUGUAGACUGGACUGCAACAGGACCCCUUGUGCACCGGACCUUCACCCAGACCUCAGGGACACUGUUCUUCACUGAGAGAGAACUAAACACCACCAUCGUUUUGCAACUCCUUGAUGAUGCAACACCAGAGGACAUGGAUGAAUACAAAGUUUCCUUGUCCAACAUUCAGACUCUCGGUGUUGUGGUGACAGGUCACGCUGCUCUGGAUGUUCCGGGCAGUGAGGCGGUGCUCACUGUGGACACCAGUGAUCAGCCCUAUGGGCUGCUGAGCAUCGCCCAGUCAUCCCUCAGGGUGACCACAGAGGAGCGGGACAGGACGAUACAGAUCUAUGUCAACAGAGAGUUUGGAGCCUCAGGAGCUGUGAAUAUCACCUAUGAGGUGUUAAGGGGCUCUCUACAGGACCUGUCCCAGGUAGAGGGGGCUCUUGCUGACCCGGGACAAGACUUCAUCUCUGGUGCUGGAUCUGUGAUCCUUCAGGAUGGACAGACUUCUGUUGGCAUCCCUGUUACCAUACUGGAGGACGACAUUCCAGAGUUGCAAGAGUUCUUCCUGGUCAACAUAACAUCAGCUGUACUCAUCACGACCCUUGCCACUGCUCCCGUGUUAGACACCCAGGGUUUGGUUGCAGAGGUCAGCAUUGCUGCCAAUGAUGGAAUUAGAGGAGUCAUCGAAUGGACAAACACCAUGUACGAAGUGAAUGAAACUAUCAGGUCACUGACUCUCGUGGCCUACAGGAGCAAGGGGACGUAUGGAAACGUCUCUCUGUUCUUCUAUGCUCAGAAUCUGGAGGCUCAACAGGGACUGGACUACAACGCCAGUGAAAGGACACUCCAGUUUGUAGAUGGCGAGAGGCAUAAGUUUGUAGAAGUGCAGAUCAUCGAUGACGACAUUCCAGAAGGAGCUGAGAGAUUCCAGCUCAUCCUGUCCGAGCCUUCCACUGGUCUGGAGCUGGGCACCAACACCACAGCCACCGUGAACAUCAUGGCCAGUGACGAUGGACAUGGCGUCAUUUCCUUCAACACCAGCGAGCAUUUCUUAUUGAGAGAACCCACAUCUGUAGUGGGGCUGGGUGAGAGUGUGGCCACACUGUACGUGGUGCGGAACCCAGAGGAAGGCACAUUCGGCGCCGUGACUGUUCAGUUUACCAUCACAGAUGCCAACGGCAGCCUAGCAGAGGGCGAUCUGAAGCCAGCACAAGGGUUUGUGGUGCUGGAGGAUGGAGUCAGAUUUGAGAUGCUGGAGAUCUGGGCAGUCCUGGACGCUGAGCCUGAAGUGAAUGAAACCUUCACCGUGACCCUGUCCAGCCCAACGGGAGGCGCACGGCUGGGAGAUCAACUCCAAACCUUCAUCACCGUCCUGGAGAACCUGGCUCCUUCUGGCUUGUUCCGCAUCGGACCCACACUCAACAGGACGAACACAGAAGUGGUUGCUGAUGAAGGUGGCCGAACAGUCUUCCUCACCGUGUCUCGGAGCAAUGGUCUGGAGUCAGCUGUCAGUGUGGAAUGGGAGACGCAGCCUGGCACAGCUGUUGCCUCUGCCGGUCACCUUCCAGUGAUGGGUGUAUACCAGAGCUUUGAGGACAGACCCACAUCUGCUUGGUGCUUCCUCCCGGAACAACUGUCUGUCCUGGCUAUGAGGCUGGACAGGAGGCCCUUUAAUGGAUCCCUCCACACCUCGGCCACGCUGUAUCGAUGGCAGGGUGUAUUUGUGCCGUCAGAGUCCAUUAGGGUUCAGGACCCCCGCUCUUGUGUUGGGUUUGCAGUGAAUGGUUCUACCUACAUUGGUAUUACACACAGUGGCCCCCCGUUUGCCCCCGCUGCCAACCUCAGCAUCUUCAAACUGCACAAGGACCUCAACAUCACAUUGGAACAAACUUUAGGUGUUGAAGCUCUGGAUGUGAAACACUUCUCCACUGAAGGCAGAGAUUAUCUCAUAGCAUCGAGCCAGAUCUUUGUCUGGAGUGGUGGCUCCUUUACCCUCCACCAGACCCUGGACGUUGAACAGGAGAUCCUCAGUGUGACUCCGUUCACCCGUGGAGAUGUUCCCCACCUCGUGGUGUGGGUGAACAGCGUGACCGUCAGUUGCCUCCUUCUUCGAUGGAACAAUGGACGAUUUCAGAAUCCAAAGCCCCUCCCUCUCUCCGGAAGAGCCAGUCAGGUGGAGACGAUCACCACGAGAGCAGACGACACUAUUCUUAAUAUUGUGUGUGUGUGUGUUUCAGCUUCCUGUGAGGUGUUACAGUGGGCGUCACAGCAGCUGUCACCACAGCUCUAUCAAUCUAUUCCUCACCCAGGCCUCACCUCAGUUCACCCCUUCACUUCAUCCGGCAUCACUUAUGCUCUGUUGGCUGGAGGAAAUGGCUCAGUCCUCUACUCCUGGAGGUCCGAUGUAAACCUGUUCACCAUGAUCCUGAGGGCACCCCCAGCCGUUAGCUUCCUCUCUCUCAUGGUCCCGUCCCUCAACACCACCAAGACCCUCCUGGCUUCCACUGAGGAGAACGGCUCCACCGUCUACGAGUUCACCUCGGUCUCUAAUCAGUCCGAUUUCAUACCCAGUUUUGGGGAGUUGUUCUUCGCACCAGGUGACAGCGAGCUGGAGGUCGCGGUGAACAUCGUGGAUGACGACAUCCCAGAGGUGCAGGAGCAUUUCCAGGUCGGCCUGAAGAAUCCGAAGGGAGGGGCUGAGAUCGGAUUUGGUGGUCAGGUGACUAUACUUGUCCCGACCAAUGACGAUGCCCAUGGAGUCAUCGGCUUUGCUCAGGAUUCUUUAUCCAUGGAGGUGGAGGAGUUGGAGCAAAAUAAUCAGAUUUCUCUCAGUGUGGAGAGAAGAAGAGGCACUUUUGGCAGACUGACUGUUCACUGGGCUGCAAGUGGCAGUCUGGCUGACAUAUACCCCACAUCAGGAGUGGUGACCUUCUCAGAGGAUCAAUCAUUGGCCAUAAUCUCACUGGCCGUGAUCGCAGAUGGCGUCCCCGAGCUGACGGAGAGUGUCACCAUCACCCUCAUGGACGUCACCACCGUGGGGCUGCAGGACCUUCGACAGGCGGCAGUCAUCGACAAGCAUCGGGCACAGGCUGCACUCUUCAUCCUGCCAAAUGGCUCUCCCUACGGGGUGAUUGGAUGGCAUCUGGACUCCCAGUUUACACUAACACAAGAACCACAGAGGACUCCAGUCAAUGUAACCCUGUCCAUAGUGAGGGAGCAGGGCUCUUCAGGUGAGGUGGCAGUCCAUUACCAGACCAGGCCAGCUCUGUACCAGCCCCCAUCCAACCAGGCCACGGCAGGACAGGAUUACACGGCCAAAGAAGACACCAUCAUCAUGACACAUGGGGCCACCGUGGCUCUUGUCACUGUCACAAUCCUGCCGGAUGACAUUCCCGAGCUGGCAGAGAGUUUCCUGGUGAACAUCACCAGUGUGGAGCUGGUCGGGGGCUCAGUGGGAGCAGGGCAGCCCAGUGUGAAACGGCUGGGUAUGGAAGUAGCAGAGGUCACCAUCCAGGAGAACGAUGACCCUCGAGGGAUUCUGCAGUUCAAUGUGUCAGAGGAUAUUCUUGGAAGAGUGCUGGCAUAUGAGAUACCACCACCAGACAACGUCCUCUCUCUGUCAGUGGUGCGACUCGCUGGUGCAACUGGAAGACUGGUCAUCUACUGGGAUGCUCAGCCAAUCACAGCAGAUCUCAAUGAUUUCAGCCCCACAUCUGGAAACAUCACCUUUCAAGAUGGACAGAGCGAGGCCAUACUUGCCAUCAGCAUCCUGGACGAUGAACAAGUGGAGACUUUGGAGACGUUCACGGUGAAUUUGCUGCGUGUGAUUGGUGGCGCUCGACUCGGAGAGGUGACCUCUAUAACUGUCAGUAUUCCAGCCAAUGACUCACCUCUGGGACGAUUUGGAUUUCAAGAAUUGGAGGUUACCAUCAGUGAGCCAGAGUUUGUGGAUGACCCCGCGGCGGUGGCGACACUAGUAGUGUGGCGUAGUGCAGGAGGUGAGGGGGCAGUGACGCUGGUGUGGCAACUGGAAGAUCAGGCCUCAGAUGACCUCUCACCUCUCAAUGGAACUCUCGUCUUCACUGAGUCCGAGUCUAUGAAGACAUUUAUGAUCAGAGCCCUGGCUGACUCUGUUGUGGAAGGAGAGGAGCACUUCACUGUCCGGCUGCUUCCUGCCGGGAGCGGUGCUGUCAUCGACCCUUUGAAUGACAUGGUCACCAUCACCAUCAGGGCAGGAAAAGCCGCACUCGGGAUUAUCGGAAUAGCAGAGUCGUCCAGGAGCAUCCUCAUCGGAGAACCUCAGGGAGAAUACAAUGGCAGUGCUGUGGUCAGCCUUGUGCGAGGGCCUGGUGUGUUUGGAGAAGUCCAGGUUUACUGGAACAUCACUCCAGCUGAGGUGUCUGAGUUUGAAUCGAUUUCUGGCACUGUGACUCUGAGAGACAGACAGUCUGAUGCCACCAUUAUUCUCAAGGCUCUGGAUGAUGAACUUCCUGAAGUGCGUCGCGAGUACCAGCUGACACUGACCUCCGCUACCCCUGGAUUAGAAAUAAGUCCGAUAGCCAGACAUGGCACGGUUAUCAUGGCAGCCAGUGACAACCCCCACGGCCUCUUCUCCUUCGCUCAGCGCCAGAUCAGGGCAACGGAGGAGGAGGGAAUGGUGAAUGUGACAGUCGAACGCUCUUGGGGCAGUCUAGGCAGCGUGUGGGUGACCUAUCAGACGUCGGGCGACACAGCGGUGAGUGGGGGGGACUUUGCUCCAACUUCAGGACGACUGCUGUUCAGCCCCGGUCAGACCUCGCAGCAGGUCACACUGCGUAUUGAAGACGACCGUGUUCCAGAGGGGCCUGAGAUGUUCUUCUUCAACAUCACUGACCUGGAGUUAGUCAAUGACAGUGCUGUGGACUACACAGUGAGAGAGUCAGGUCUCCGGCUGGAUCAACCUCCAGCUUUAGGCAACUACACCUCUCUCACUGUGGUCAUACCAAAGAAUGACAACAUUGAGGGCAUCCUGGAGUUCAGACUGGACUACGUCAGUAUAACAGUUGAGGAGGAUGUAGGCAGUGUGUUGAUUCCGGUGGUGAGAAGCGUGGGCUCGUAUGGAUCCGUCUCAGCUCAGUUCAUCUCCAGAGGCUUGAGUGCCACCCCUGACAUAGACUACAUCCUGUAUAACGGCUCAGUGACGUUUGUCCAUGGCCAGAACACCAGCUAUAUCAAUGUGACUAUCAUAGACGACCCUGACAGUGAAUAUGCAGAGGUAUUUGAGGUCCUGCUGACUGGAGCAACAGGAGGAGCUGUUCUGGGCGCUCAGCGUGUUUCCAGGGUAACCAUCAGCAAGAGUGACUCUCCAAGUGGAGUGGUCCGUUUCCUCAACGAGAGCCUCCUCACUGUGGUCAACCCCGACUCCACUCUCAAGCUCAAUCUUGUACUGGAGAGAGCUGGAGGCCGAGUGGGCAAUGCAACGGUUGCUUGGAUCGUCCGAGGCCCCAACAGCCGAGAGGUUCUCCCUCCAAUCAAUACAGACAUUAGAGAGCCUGUGAGUGGGUCCUUCUUCUUUAUGGAUGGAGAGGAAGUUACACGCACCAUAGAGCUGCUGAUUCUCCCCCACGGAGAGGUGGAGGUGGAAGAGACAUUUAUCAUAGAGCUCAGCAUUUUGUCUGGAGAGAUGGAGGUUGAUCCUCAGGCUGGUUCCAUAACACUGAAGAUAGAGAAGUUUGGUGACCCAAACGGUAUCGUCCAGUUUGCUCCGGACGCUCUUAGAGACCAUGUCUACAAUGAAUCCACAGAGGCAGAGAGCCCACUCAACAUUUCCCUGUCAAUCACGCGCAGAGAGGGGGUCAUGGGCAACAUCACCGUGCACUGGCAGAUACAGAGUGACUCAGACACAGCAGGGGACUUCCUCGCGUUAGCUGGGUCAGUGAUGAUUCCGGAGGGUCAACGGGACGGUGAAAUUGUCCUCAGCCUGAUGCCUGAUACAGUGCCAGAGCUGGAGGAGCUCUACACUGUCCGACUCAUGGCUGUGGAGGGGGGUGCUACUCUGGAUGCCAACCCCAACCUCAUCAGCACCCACAUUAGGGUGCGUGCUAAUGAUGACCCCCACGGUGUCUUUUCCCUGAACCCUGAGCAGCAGUCUAUAGUGGUUGCAGGAACCGGGUCAGAGGUCACAAGGGCUCUGGUCAUGAACUUGACACGGCUCGCGGGGCUGUUUGGCAACGCCAGUGUGGGCUAUAAGAUCAGUGGAGGAAUGGAUGAACUGAUGGACAUGGAGGAGAUACUGGGAGGACAAGCUGAAGGAAGGGUGUUCAUGAGGGAAGGAGACACCACCAGUACUCUCACUGUGCUCAUCACCAGCCAGGUGUUUUUGUCAGUGGGUGAAAGCUUCACAGCAGAGCUCACGGAUGCUAGACUGGUCGGCCCCGUCCUCGGCUCCCCGCCUCGCCUCCUUCACGAGGCCAGCGUUGCUAUGGUGACUGUGCCCGAAGAAGCUGCCAGCUCAGAGGUUGGCUUCGCCUCCCUGGCUCUGCAGGUUUCAAGUUUAGAAACGGGGACGUGUGAGGCAACGGUGACACGAACUGGGCUGUUUGGGGACAUCAGGGUGCAGUGGAGAGCCGGGUAUCCAUCAGGAGAAGAUUUACCAGGCUUCAGGACAGGAGACAUCACCCCAAGCUCAGGCUCACUGACCCUGGCCCAUGGAGAGAGGACCAAAUCUUUAUCUCUCACAGCCAUUGCUGAUGCAUUAGAGCCAACUUCCUAUGCUGUGCACCUCACCGCUGCCAGCUCUAGCACUGCUGCUGUCAAACUCAGGUCAGGCUUCACCACAGCAGAAGUGGAGCCACUGGGGAUCUACCAGUUUGCCCCUGACUCCCGGCAGCUAGUUAUCGCAGAGGACAUCCAGACGAUAACACUUUAUGUUCAGAGACUCUACGGCUCUCGUAGCAAUACCAGCCGCAUUUCCUAUAAAACCAUAGCCGGCAGCGCAGCAGCAGGAGAGGACUUUCUCGCGGUGCCUAAUGGCCGAGCUGUCUUUGACUCUCCUCACCAGACCAACACAUCGUUCCAGCUUUCAAUACUUGACGACUCCCUCUCAGAGCCAGAUGAGUACUUCCAUGUAAAUCUAACUGAUGUUCAAGUCCUUAACCCGAUCUUGGCUUGGGCAGAAGUGUCUCCUCGCCUCAACCCUCAGCACAGCGCAGCCACUGUCACCAUUUUGUCCAGUGACGUGACUGGUGGAGUUUUGAGUAUUGGACCUGGACUGGUCCAGGUAGCGGAGGACAGGGAUGAGGAGACCCAGCAGGACCGGAGGGUGGUUCUGAGGGUGCGCAGGUCGGACAGUGUGGCAGGGGAUGUGAGGGUUCGGGUCCAGGCCUAUGGAGGUGUCACGACUCCUCUUCCCUUCGCUCUCGAACCUGUCGGGAUCCUCGCAAAGGAGCAAGAGGACUUCCGCUUGGAGUCCAAUAUAGUGUCACUGCAGGAAGGGCAGAAUGAGACAGAGGUUAUCCUCCUCAUCCUCGACGACUCAGAGCCCGAGGGACAGGAAGUAUUCUUCAUAUACCUCAUUGAUCCGGAGGGAGGAGCACAAAUCACGGACCGACAGGAUGAGGGGUUUGGAGCUUUUGCAAAGAUCACUAUCCUUGGGAGUGACUUCCAGAAUGGCAUUAUAGGGUUUAGUUUUAAUUCUCUGACGGGCCAAGUACUGGAAGAGGAUUCAGAGAACAGAACUGCUGUCCUCUACCUGCAGAGACAAGAAGACAGAGUCUUUGAGGAUUUGCAGGUCUUUUGGAGAGCUACGUUUAACAAAGCAGCUCCGACUCUUGUCAGCAAUGGAGUGAACCUAACCACACAGCUGCUGCACACCUCUGGAACUGCACUGUGCAGGAGAGGAGCGGUGAUAUGUGCUCUUACUCUGGAGGUCCAUGAUGAUGAGGAACCAGAGAUCCAGACUUGGUUCCUGGUGGAGAUUUAUCAGGUGGGUGCUGGAGCUGCCAUUAACGAAACCACUCGUUUCGCCAACAUCACCCUGGCAGAGAGCGACGACCCACAAGGCAUUGUGUUCUUCUCUGUGGGCCACAGACAUCCCAUCGCCACGCUGACGACCACAAGGCUCAGUCUGCAGAUCUACAGACAAGCGAGCACAGCUUCAGCCAUGUCUGUACAAUACCGCACACGGGAGCUCCUGAGGGAUGAGGUGGUGGGGCCCUCCCUCAUCCGGCCCGCUAAAGCAGGGAUGGACUUUCCUAGACAAGAGGGUCGGAUAACCUUCGCUGUCGGCCACCACAACACAACGCUGGACAUUUACCUCACUCCGGACCUCGCCUCGUCCCUGCCCACACCGAAGCGCUUCCAGGUGGAGCUUUACAACGCUACAGGGGGCGCCAGAGUGCACCCUCAGUUCGGGCUGGCGAAUGUGACCCUGGUGUCAGAUGCUGCGAGUGAAGCGAUGUGGGUUUUACUCGACCAAUUACAUCAGCCUCUGGGCCCAGAUAUAUUAAACAAGGUGCUGCAAGCGCUGAUCAACAAAGUCACUCCGCCUCUGAAUCGUGAGCAGAUGACGGCCGUGCUCGAAGCUCUGGGGAAGGUGCUCGAAGAGGCGGAGAGGACUCCUUUCCAGGAGAGCAGCCGGAACUUGACCUACGACCUGCUGUGCUCUUUGGCCAAUCCUACUAGAGUCGACACCCGCGGCCUCAGCCACCUUGCCGAGGUGGCUGAGCGAUUUGCUUUCUCCCUCCUCACCCACAGCCAGUGUGCGAUAAGGGGUACCAUCCUGGAAACGUGUCCGUAUAUGACCAUCUCUGCCUUCCAGUGGUACCCAACACAAAUCAAUGGGCACAAGUUCAGGGGCCGUAACUCAGACUUCUUCCAGCUCCCAGACACACUGUUGGCUGUACCAGCAGCCCUGACUCCCGACUGUGGCAACCUCAGCCGGAUCCAGCAGACCGAGUUCAGAACUGAACACUGGUUCAUCAGCAACAAUACAACCACUGCUCUCAAUGGAAAGGUGUUCUCAGUCAGCCUCCAGGACAGAGGGUCACGACCUUUAGAGGAUGGGAAUGAGGUGGUGUAUCGUAUCCACACCCCUGGUCAGCAAGUGAAACCAGGCCGGUCUCUGUGCCUUCUCUGGAACCAGACCACUGCAAGCUGGUCAUCAGAUGGUCAGCACUGCAGGGUGGUGAAAGAGAGUGGGAGCUAUGUGGAAUGUGCCUGCUCCCACUUGUCUGUCUACACAGCCUACGCAGAGUUUGCCACCCUUGCAUCCUACAACGAGGCCUUCUACGCUUCAGGAUUUAUUUGCAUCUCAGGCUUUGCAUUGGCCAUCAUAUCCCAUGUGCUCUGCUCCCGUUUCCCAAUGUUUGCUGCCAAACUGCUCACCCACAUGAUGGUGAGCUGCCUCGGAACCCAGAUCUGUUUACUGGUCUCAGCUUUCCGGGGCCGGAUGUUUUCAGAGGACAGCUGUGCUGCUCUGGCACUCUUCUCUCACUACUUCCACCUCAGUCAGUUCUUUUGGAUGCUCAUACAGGCCGUGAACUUCUGGCAAGUGCUGGUGAUGAAUGACGAGCACACCGAGCGCCGCCACCUGCUCUACUUCCUGUUGGGCUGGGGACUUCCUGCCCUCGUCAUCAUAGUCCUGGUUAUCGUGUUGCUCGGCGGCUUCGGGUGGACGAUACACGCCGUGUACGGACUGGUGCAAGGAGAUGUGUGCUUUAUCCCCAACAUCUACGCGGCUCUGAGCACGGCCGUGCUGGUGCCUCUCAUCUGUCUGGUAGCUGUGCUGGUCGUGUUCAUCCAUGCCUACCAGGUUACUCAGCAGUGGAAGGCUUACGAUGACAUUUAUCGUGGACGCACCAACAGCACAGAGGUGCCGCUUGUCCUCUACCUGUUCCUGCUCAUCUCUCUGGUGUGGCUGUGGGCGGGGCUGCAUAUGGGCUACAGGUCCCUGUGGAUGCUCAUCCUCUUCGUCAUCUUUAACUGCCUCCUGGGGCUGUAUGUGUUUGCCGUGUACUUCGUCAUGCACAACCAGCUGUGUUGGCCGACUAAAGCCAGUUACACUGUGGAGAUGAACGGCCACGACUCGCCCGACUCUACGUACCAGGGAGGGGGACCCACCACUGUAGGGGGCGACAUCAGCAAAUCAACCCAGAAUCUCAUCAGCGCCAUGGAGGAGGUGUCAGCAGACUGGGAGCGAUCAUCUCUGCGGCACAGCAGUCAGCACAGCAGCGUGUUUAAACCCAGCCCUAUGAUGGGGACCUACACCACAGAGGGAGGUUUCAUCAACACCAACAUGGUCACCACUGACGAGGAGUCACAGGACUUUGAUGACCUCAUAUUUGCCUUAAAAACUGGGACCGGCCUUAAUCUCAGCGAUAGCGAGUCCAUCCCCGGAAGCCACGACGGCAGAAGCAUGAGCAACUCCCAGAUCGUUGAGCUGAGACGAAUCCCGAUCGCAGACACACACCUCUAACCUUCUCACCUCACACACGUCCCAUGUCCUCUAUUCUUCUGAUCAGAGGGAAAAAUUACAACCCAGUAUUUUUAUAUCACAAAAUGCUUUUGCACUAAAAAAAACCUUUUUUAAUGGAACAUUUCCAUAUAGAUGUUUGAU